AUGGUCUCUUCGUUUCCGCAGUUUCGCCUCCUCCCCGCCGAGCUUCGCUAUAAGAUAUGGCGUCUUGCUAUACCACAUCGCUUCGUCCGAGCAAGGUUAAAGUUAGACUUAGAUGCUUGGAAUGCCGCAACAGAAUCAGAUUGGGUGCAGGUUCACUACCGCAUCAUCCAUGACGAAAGGAUGUCACCUCUUCCGCGUCUAGCCCUGGUUAACCACGAGGCGAGGCAAGAGAUAAUAAAGAGUUACAAGCCGCCGCUUCAGAUUAGUAGGGAUACCGUAAGACGGUCCCUAGGAACUCAAUCCGUGGAUGAAAUGGCUCUCGAUAUUAUGUGUAGCAGCUCUAGAAUCACGCAGUUCAAUAUGGACAGCGACGUGCUCGAAUGGGCGGAACCACGACGAUGGAGUACCGGUACUCGAGAGCUACCAUAUCCAAUUUUUCUGGCAGCGUGCUUGUCAGUGAGACAUGUCAGCAUAGAAUACGACCUCUCGAUGCAUACACAGCUAGAGACUCUGGCUUUAGCUGUCCUAGACCAAGACCAGCAACUUGAGACGCUAACCAUUGGUCUCAAUGUCGAAUUACGCUCUGGGAAGUUGGACUCCCAGUUUCGACUGGCGAGAAGCCCACCUGGUCUUAGCUUAUUCUUCCUCGACAAAUUCGUAGAGUGGAAGGAUGUCGAUGAUAUCCUGUCGCAAUACCCGACUUGUCUCCUCUAUAGAUCCAGCCCGGAUGACCCCAUACAAGGCUUGCAUCCUCUUAUCAACGAGACCCUAACAAAAGGAUACUCACCCGCUCAAAUGCCCCUGGCGCCUAGAACACGCCUUGACACGCGAUUUUCUAUCUACGAAGUGCUUCGGCCAGGAAAACUAAAAGAUGAAGGAUCCUCACUCUCACUAGACUGGGCCUACCAGCAAGGAUCGAAGGUAUUCAUCUCGGACCGCUUUGAUAACAGACACUUCUGGUAUUACGAAGGUAUACAGGUGGAUAUUCUUUUAUGGCUUCAACGCGUGAGAGAUGUUAAUGAUGGUCAUAACUUAAUGAUUCCUUGCCAUGGGUUUUGCGUGCCUGAUUAUGGGCUGCCAUAG